AACGGGGGGCUCAUGUUUCCGGCAUGGUCAUCGUUGACAUCAGCCUGUUGAGUGGCUUUCAGCCUGAUGAGAUGGACCUUGCUCAGCUGCAAGAGGUCCCCGACCAAUACAUCAACCACUGGGAGAUUCAAGGACAACAGCUGCUCCUGUAUUUUGACCAGGCCCCAGAAUCCGGUCGUGAGUGUGUCGCUUUCAGGGCCAAACAGGUAGUUUCUGUGGGAAAACUGCAACCAGCCAGCGCUACCGUCUACGACUUCUACGAACCCAGUCAACGUUGCAGCAUCUUCUACGGGGCUCCAAACAAGCCACAGUAUGUCUCCGCGUUGUGCUCAGAUGAUGUCUGCCAGUGUGCUGAAGGAUGUCAUGCCAGACUUGCACUCAAUGAUCUUUCUUUCUGCAGCCCCCAGUACCUGCUGGAUAAGAAUUCCUGGAUAGAAGAGCAACCAGAUCCUCGGCGUUGUAAAGCCACCCAGUAUCGCAACACUUGCCAGGAGCUUCAGUCUUUCACUACCUCCUUUGGUAUCAACGGCUGCCGCAUCUGAGCCAAAUAACCCCUUGCGCCUUUGACUACUCUGACGCACCAGGAACUGCACCUCUUUUAUGGAAUACCCCCUGACUGAAAACCUCCUCUUGAUCGCUGUGUUGUGAGUCACUUAAAGCUUUGUGAUCAGAGGAUCUGAAGACUAAAGAAGAGUCUGACAGCAUCAAAGCAGAAUAAC